AUGGACAUUCCGAGAACUCCCAUGAGCCACCGGGAGGCCAUCAAUGACAGAAAAUGCAAAGCUAGUUACAUAAAACCAAGCGUCUUUCCUUCCCCCUCUCCUGGGAAAGCAUCCUCGCGAAAGCCUUUCGGGGUCCUUUCUCCAAAUGUUCUGUGCGGUGUGAGUAGGAAGAGUCCUGGAAAGAGCAGCUUGAACGUUAAAACCACAAAGAAUGUACCAUCUGCCACAAUCCCCCAGGGCAAAGAAGGCGAAGGGCCACGGGAUGUCUGCGCUGUAGUGAAACCGGGAAAUACCAAGGAGAAAAUCGCCUUCUUUGCAGCCCACCAGUGUGGCAGUAGGAUAGGAUCUAUGACAGUAAAAAGCUCCUGGGAUAUUUUUUGGAGAACUACUAAAAGAGAGGAAAAACCAGGGGAUCUUAAAGAAGCCAAGAUGCAGUCAGAAAGGAUGAGGGGAGUCACCAGCAGGGGCUAUGAGCCCGAGCCUUUUGCGCCUGGCGUGGAGCGCUGCUCUGUGUGUUACAUGCGUGACACCGGGGACGGCGUCUGUGCUGGGAGGCCCCUGUCGGUCACACAGAUGGUUGCCGUCCUGGAGCAAAGAGGCGGUGCUCCUCUGCUAGCCAGCUGUGCAAAAACCUGCACCAACACACCUGCCCUGGUGAGGAUUUCGGGGCAAUCCAGAGCUGUGCCCCCAGCCCCUGAGCCCCUUUCUGCCCCGGGAGCUUGUGACGAACCCACGGAAAGGGGAAAUCCUGAGGUUGGUGAACCCCAGAGUGAGCCAGUCCGGGUCCUCGACAUGGUAGCCCGGCUGGAGUCUGGGAGCCUCUGGAGGAAGAACAGCUUCCCUCCAAGUGUAGGCCGGGUGUUGCCUGCAAACUGCACGCAGGCUGAUAAAGGCAGAACAAACCAAGGCGCCGUGGAGGCACCUGACACUCAGGUGAAUCCUAUGGGGUCUGUACCUGUGGACUGUGGCCGGUCCAGUGCUGACCACUGUUCUAUUGCGGGGAAGCAGGCCCGGGAUGGGGCUCCUCGGGGCUGUCCCUCACUGCCAGCAGCUGCGAGUUUCCAAGUGGGUAAUGCAACAUUCCAGCCAGAUCAGCAAAGUGCUGUGAAAAACAGCAAUAGGUAUGAUGUAGAAAUGACCAAGGAACUUGAGUCACCUUUUCCUCCAACUCAAGCCAUAGAGUUGCCCACAGAUGCUGUUGAUGAUAUGAGUAGAGGGUUUGUGCCACGAGCUCCUGAUCAGAGAAGAAAAGAAUCUGUGUGCAUGAGCAUCACUGUGUCCAAGGUGGAGAGAGACCUGCCUUGUAGCAUAAAGGCCUCACUGCCAGGGAGGUUAUUUUUUCAUUUGCCACCGGGUCAGCACCAGUCGGACUGUUCCCCGCAGAGUGAAAGCACAACACAAGAGUCUUCGGGGGCCAGUCAGCUUGAAGAUGCUGCCGAAGGUGGCAGCGCACCAGCCGAUCAGGGUGUUUCGGCGGGUGCAUUUGUCCCCGCGCCAGCCUGUCCCGGGGAAAGGAGCAUACCGGCACUCGGGGCAUCUGGUUGGAAGAAGCAGGUGUCCCAUGACUUUCUGGAGACCAGGUUUAAAAUCCAGCAGCUUUUGGAGCCUAAGCAGUACAUGGCUUUCCUGCCCCACCACAUUAUGGUACAAAUCUUCAGGUGUCUUCCCACCAAGAGUCUAGUGGCUCUUAAAUGUACCUGCUGCUAUUUCAAGUUCAUCAUUGAACACUACAACAUCAGGCCAGCAGAUUCUCGCUGGGUUCGAGAUCCCCGCUAUAGAGAGGAUCCUUGUAAGCAGUGCAAGAAAAAGUAUGUGAAAGGGGAUGUGUCCCUGUGCCGCUGGCACCCCAAGCCCUAUUGCCAGGCAUCGCCUUACGGGCCAGGAUACUGGAUGUGCUGCUACCGCUCCCAGAAGGGCUUCCCUGGCUGCAGGCUGGGGCUUCAUGACAAUCGCUGGGCCCCUGCUUGCCUGGGCGAUUAA